CUUUGUGAAGAAACCUGGGUGUUAAUGGUACAGGAUUGGGUACCAUUGUAUGCUCCGGCUGCCUGCUAGUUAAGCUGGGGGACUCCCGUGGAAAUCAAGCAGGAGAAGGUGUAUUGACGAGAAUUCGACAAUGGAAACGUGGUCAGUUGAUCAGGUCUGCAAAUGGUUGGUGGAGAAAAAUUUAGGUGAGCUGGUUCCCAGGUUUCAAGAGGAAGAAGUCAGUGGGGCGGCACUCCUGGCCCUUAAUGAUCGGAUGGUACAGCAACUGGUGAAGAAAAUUGGACACCAGGCUGUCCUAAUGGACUUCAUUAAGAAAUACAAGCAGAGCAAUCAAGAACUGAAGCCCACGGGAGGCCCCACAGAGACAUCCCUGCUGACCCCGGCACAAGCAGCCCCUGAGGAUGAACAAAACCCCAGUCUCGCCAGCCAUGGGGAUCAGACAUUUUUGUGUCCAGCUGUCCUUGACAAUAGAGUCAUUGACCAAAGAGUAUUGAAACAGAGAAGAAAGGUAAAACAUGUUUUUGCAAGGCAUAAAGCAUUACAGUGGACUAAGUCCUACAUCUUACCAGAGUUUCCCUAUGAUGUCAAGUGCAUGUUGGCGGAACAGAAGCGCCCCGACCACAGCAUGCGGAUAAAGAUCAUUGGGUUUCUCCAGGCAGAUAUGACGAAGUACCUGGAAGGCUCCCUGUACCCCACCACCCAGCAGUACAACGAUGCGGUCAAUGCUCUGCUGCAGGCCCACCCUUUCCUGGAUGAGGACGGCUGCGGCUUUUUUUUAUGGAAACGAGCCCUCAAAGAUCGCUUUAAAUAUGUUCGGAGACCCAUAGAAGAUGAUGAACAAGUAAUGAGAAAUAAGUGUAAAUUUGGACACCGAAGAGGCCAGACAAGGAAGUCUCUCGCUGAUAUACAGUUGAACAAGAUUAAAAUUGUGCAGAUAAAAGAAGAAUCUGUUUCUUUAGAUUCGGAAGUGGACGAGCACAUUAACUGGUUCCAGCAAGAGUUUAUGAAAGCAGACAGGGACUGGACAGAAGUAAACAAGAGGAUGAGCCAGACUUUGGAAAUAAGAAGAAAGAUGAUUGGCGGCAGAACACCUCUCAAGGAUGUUCUUAAGAUGUUUCCCUUCCUGAAGUGCCCUUACCAGAUGUUCAGAGAAGUUCAAAUUCUCACAAAAACAGAUAUUUAUAAGAAAACAAGGCAUAUCCUGGAAUCCUACUCGGAAAAUAUACUGACUGCCUUUUCAGUGCUGGACAAUCCAAUCAACACAGCCCUGCAAGAGAAGAUGAAACACUACAAGGACGAAGGGGUGCUGAAGUAUAUGAAGAUGACUGCCACAUGUUUACUCCUUCCACAUGUUUUUGGGGAUGAGCCCAGCCUUUUUGUCGUUCUGAAUGAGAAGGUGCAUGUGUCCACACCUGUGUUGGAAGUUAAAAACCCUUUCCACAUCAACGGCUGUGAGUUUUCUUUGUAUCUGAACAAAGAGAAGCUCACCAAGGUGGAUGACUGUGUCACAGCUCUGGCUGCUUUGGUGGCUGCUUUCCACGUGUUUGGGAUCGAGUGUCCGAGAAGACUGUCCCAAACCUUCAACUUCCUAGAGACGUUGAUCUUUGAUGUGCAGUCCCCAGUUUCCCUCUUUGAAAGAGAAGGAAAUCAGGUCUCAACCUCCGAUCACUUAAGAGCAUCUGAAUGAACCCUGCAGGGUGUUGGAAGCUUCAUAAAUAGUUGCAGAUUCAUCUUAGAAUAUCUAUUGCCUUAGAGGUAGGGGUUAGAAAAAUCAUGUUGUCUCCAGCAUCAAUGAAUUUUUGAAGCCUCUCUAUAUUUAAGUUUUUUGUGAAGUUCGGUAAUAAAAUACUAAUUAAAGG